GCCGAAAUGGAGUCCCAUCCUAUCUUCGGUCCUUCUCACCAGCCAUAACUAAUAGCCAUAGCCCUCAUCUUCCACAACCAUCCACAGAGGUCAUGCAUCAGCCACACAUGGCGCUGCUUUCUAGCCCAGGCCUUGGCCAUCUGAUCCCCGUGAUCGAGCUCGGAAAGCUUCUCUCCGUCCACUUCAAUUUCAAGGUCACAAUCCUCGCCGUUACUUCCCAAAGCUCCGAAGCCGAAUCCCACAUUCUCAAAUCAGCCAUCUCCAACAUCAACUCCUGUGACAUCCUCGAGAUCCCACCAGCGGACCUCUCUGGCCUUCUCGAAGACGAAGCCGCCAUCGUAGAGCGCCUCUGCGUCGUCAUGCGUGAAACCAAGGGCGCUGUUCGUUCUGCACUAUGUAACAUGGCCUCCCCUCCUUCUGUGCUCAUAGUCGAUAUCUUCGGCUACGAAUGUAUGUCCAUAGCGGAAGAGUUCCGAAUGCUCAAGUAUAUUUUCGUAGCUUCCAAUGCUUGGUUUUUCUCUUUGGUUUUAUACUCUCCCAUCCUGGAUAAACAAGUGCAAGGCCCGUUCGUGGAUCAGCAAGAACCGUUCCAACUCCCAGGCUGCAGUCCAGUUCGUCCCAGAGAGGUGGUUGAUCCCAUGCUGGACCGUAACACUCGGCAAUAUCAAGAGUACCUCGGCAUAGGGACGGCGAUGCAUAGUGGCGAUGCUAUAUUGCUGAACACGUGGGAGCAACUCCAACACAAAGAACUUCGAUCACUGAGAGAUGAGAAUUUAUUGGGCGGGCAGCUAAAAGUUCCAGUGUAUGCCAUCGGACCCUCGGUGAGGCCACCAGAACCACCCAGAAGUUCAACCAUGGAGUUGCUUGGGUGGCUGGAUCAGCAACGCAGCGAGUCAGUGGUUUACGUGUCGUUUGGGAGCGGUGGAACGCUGUCGUACGAGGAGACCUUCGAGGUGGCAUGGGGUCUGGAGUUAAGCCAGUUGCGAUUCAUCUGGGUGGUGCGUCCCCCACACAGAGGACAUGCCGACUCCGCAUUCUUUAGCACCACGACUGGAAACCUUGCAAGCGAAGAUCCGUCAAAUUAUUUGCCAGAAGGGUUUACUGAUAGGACCCGCAGUACAGGAAAAUUGGUCCCGCAAUGGUCUGACCAGGUGACCAUAUUGAGGCAUCCGUCGGUAGGGGGAUUUUUGUCGCAUUGUGGGUGGAGCUCCGCUCUGGAGAGCAUCACGAACGGCGUGCCGAUGAUCUGCUGGCCGUUAUACGCGGAGCAGAGGAUGAAUGCGACGCUGCUGGCGGAGGAAUUGGGGGUCGGGGUGAGGCCGAAGGUGUUGCCGGCGGAGAAGGUGAUGGGAAGGGAGGAGAUAGCGAGGAUGUUGGGAGACGUCAUGAAGGGGAAGCCUAACCCCAUAAGGGACAGAGCCAGAGAGUUGAAGGAGAGCGCGGCCAUGGCCAUGAAGAGAGGCGGCUCGUCCUACAACGACCUUGACCUCGUCGCUAACCUGUGCAAAGCAACCUGCCAUCACCUCCGCCAAUCAUUUUAGGCUUUUAAUUUGUCUUUUUUUGUGGGCCCCAUCCUCUCCUUUCGCGUUUGAUAUGUUGGCUUCCCGUUCGGUUUUCAUUUUAAAAUAUAUGAGCUUCCUUGUUUCAUUA